AUGACGGAUUUUGGAAGAAUGAGGUACUUCAUGGGAAUUGAAGUUAUACAUAGUGAUAUGGGAAUUUUCAUUUGCCAAAGACGUUAUGCCCGUGAGAUGUUAGUUCGGUUCAACAUGACAGAAUGCAACCUUGUUCGCAAUCCAAUUGUGUCAGGCACUGAAGAUGAUGAAGGAACCUCAGUUGAUGCCACCAAAUUUAAACAAGUUGUUGGCAGUCUCAUGUACCUAGCUGUCACUCGGCCAGACCUAAUGUUCGGAGUGAGUCUAAUUAGCAGGUACAUGGCUAAUCCAAAGGCAUCACAUUUGGCUGCCACAAAACGUAUUCUGAGGUAUGUAAAAGGUACCAUUGAGUACGGUAUUCUAUACCAAAAGGGAGGGAAAACUGAAAUCACAACCUAUAGUGAUAGUCACUAUACUAAGGAUUUGGAUGACAGACAAAGCACUUAUAGAGCAUAUUGCAAUACUCAAGAACAGGUGACAGAUAUAAUGACUAAGGCGGCGAAGCUUGAAAAAUUUGAUAAACUUCGACAAAUGCUUAGAGUAGUUGAUAUUACUACAAUAAAGGCUUAUAAAAAUCGUGCUCUUUCAAUUGAAUAA